AUCUCCCCUCUCUAUUGGGCACCGAUAAUCAUUUUGUACAUCUUCACCUUCUGCAUGCAGAAACAGAGUUCACUGCCAACCUUCAGUUCCGCUAAGUCAAACAGUGGCUUCUAUAGCUGGAAUCUCGAAUGGAGUUCAAAGAGAGAGAGAGAAACCUGGAAUCUCGUAUGGAGUUCCAUCUCCAAUAACAAGGAGUAUCACCCCAUGUAAUUGCGAGGUCCCUGGCAGCUAGCAUGUAACAUUUCUUCCCACUCCUUUUGUGCAGUGAAAAGCUCUAUGCAAUACAGGUUAUACAAUUAA